CUCCCAACGUGUUCAUAACACGCGUGGAUCAUGACAGCAAGCCGAUAGUCAGAACGACGAGGAGAAAACAUCGAAUGAAAAUUGUAUCUUUUUCUCCUUUAUUUUUUUUUAAGGUCAAUGAAACUCCUUUGUGAUUGAAUAUAUUUAUAGUUUGGAUAGUAAGUUAUUUCGGAGGUGUAUUUAUUUGAAAGAAAGAGGAAAAUAAUGCUGGGGAAUAUGGCUUAAUGGCCGGUGUAGUUCGAAGGACAAAGGCUAAACUAGAUUAUCAAUGAGCAACUCGGCUAGCCCAAGAAUGAAACGGGGAAUGGCUAGUCGAGGCGGCCCUGGCAGGGGAAGAUAUAAAUCUCCUUCAGCUACAGGGUCGCAGCAAAGCCAGACCUUGGAAGGUCUCUAUUUGAAUGAAAGGCUUGUCAAUGCAGUUACAUCAGUUGUGGGUUGUACUGCAAAAGUGACAAGCAAAAAUGGAAAACAGUUUGAAGGUGUCUUAAAAACUAUUUCCCCAGAGGCUAGUUUAGUUCUUGCAAAGGCAAACCAGGUUGAGGAACAGAGGCAAAAUGGUGUGGUUGAUGAAGUCCUACAAAAAGGUGAAAUCUUUGAGCAGUUGGUAAUGCAUCAUAAAGACUGGGUUUUAGUUGAGUUUGAAAAUGUCAAUUUGGAGGAAUGUUAUAGAAAGGAUUCAUUCAAAACAGAUAAUGCUAUUAGCAGUAAUAAAAGAAUGAAUGGACAGACUAGAAGAGAACUUGAGAGAUGGGAGCCUGAUGGUGCUGAGCCAUUAGAGUCAACUUUGGAAGGACAUCGCAUGGAAAAUGGCUGGAGUGCUGAGAAAAUGUUUGAAAAGAAUGAGAAAAUGUAUGGUGUAAAGUCGACAUAUAAUGAAGAAAUGGAGGAAUAUACGACUAAACUUGAUAAAGAUGACACACCAGAGUACAGAGAACGAGAAAGGUUUGCUGCACAAAAAGCUGAAGAAAUCUUCAAGGAAAGUCCAUAUGAACGAAACACACUUGACAGUGGUAGGUCAGAGGAGCAAUUGUACAGUUCCGUUGUGAGAAGUAAAAAUUUCGGGGACAGGUCAUCGGCACCAAACUGGAGACAACCUCAUGGUGAUCGACCGCCACCCGAACAUGAACAGAGAUCAGCGAGAAUGCCACAAGAAGCUUUUGGAUCGCCCGUAACUUCAAGGAAGGAACUAAUGAAAACUCAACAGGUUGACGAGCCACCCACAGUUCAGGUCAAAAAGAAUAUUGAAAAGUCAAUAGCAGAAAUUUCUUUGGAAUCAAAGCCAGCAGACCAGAAACCAGAAGCAUUUACUGAGGUUGUAAAAGCUGAAACAGUAUCCACCCAGAGUCAAUCAAAACCUCCAUUAAACACUGCUAUCACCCCCGAGAACACUCCUGUUAUCCCUCAAGUGUCAGCACAAUUAUCCAGUGAAGCACCCAAUGAUACUCCUAACAUCCCAGAGGUGACCCAAGUAAAAGAAAGAAGUCAAGAUAAUGUUAUUGAUGGUCUCAAAGAGUUUCAUGAAAACUUCAAGCUCCAGGAAUCAAAGAAGAAAGGAAAAACGAAAAAAGUUUUGGAGGAAGAGGAAAAGACUCCAAAUGAAACAACAGCUGAAGAAGUUAAGAAUGAAGAGCCACAAACAUUGGAAGAUGCAUCAACAGCUGAGUCAGAUGCUGCUGACAAGAAAACAAAACUCAACCCAAAUGCAACAGAGUUUCGUCCCAGAGUAAAACGAAAUACUCCAAGCCCUAGAUCAUCAAGCACAGCUUCAAGCAAUGGUGCACCAUCUCCUUUCCAGAAUAAUAGUUCUCCAUUCCUUCCCAGUCAUUCUCCUUAUCCACCCAAUAACAUUUACAUCAACUCAAGAAAUGGACCCCGGGGCAGAGGCAUAAGACAAGAUUUCAUGGACCCAACAACAGGAUAUGUGAACGCUUCAAAUGCAGCAGGCCAACCAUUAUUUGCUCAUCACAUCCCUCCACAAUUUAUGCAUCAAACAUCACCUCAUGGUAUGGGGUAUAUGCCCCCUGGGGGUAUCCGUCAUCCAGGGAUACAACACCCAGUGUUUAUACAACAACACCCACACCAAGUGAUGGUCCCUUUAACUCAUGGUUAUCCUGAUAAUGCAAUGUAUUAUGGUGCUGUGCCAAUGAUCCAGAGUCCUCCCCAGAUCACUUCACCAUCUUUACAACAGUCACAGUUCAACUUCCCUACACCAUCUCUUCCCCAGCCAGUGCGUCCUGUUAACCAACCUCCAGCAGUUAUGCCACCACAGCCUACUCCUCCCCCUGUGUUUCUUGUGAGGCCAGCAACCAAUGAAAUGCAACCCACUCAAAUAAUAAAUAGGCCAUCUCAACCACAGCCAUUUCAAGGAAAUUAAGGUUGCUUCUCUUUCCAGAGAAUUUCUUGUAAGGAAAUCAAUAGACAAGAAGCCCAAAGUCUGAGAAUAAACAUUAUAGUCCAAAUGAAAAACGGCAAAUAAAUGUUAUUUUCAAAUGUUUUGAGUUUGUUUUGAACAUAGUUAUGUUUUGAACCAUAGUCAGUAGGCUGUAUGUACGAAGAAAUAGU